AUUAAUAAAGUUUUAAAGUCGUAUAAUUACGAAUAGAAAAGCUGCUACGAUCCCUUCUAUAAAUAUUGAAUCAAAUAACUCUUGCAUUUAUCGCUUGUUCCGAAACUAGUUGAAAAUGGUUAUCUACUCUCGAUCGCACGGGGAAUAUCGGAUGAUUCGAUUAUGGAAAGUCAAAGAGCAGGGAUGUCCCGUCCUCUUACGGAAAGUACAGUGCUUCCUUGUCAAUGUACAUAUAAAAUUUCAAAAAGUUACUGCAAUAGUUGAACUCAUCAAGUUGCGCACGUACAAGUUGUGUUAUAUUGGUCAUUCAAAGGGGGACUUUACCUUGAAACACAAAAGAUGCCAAUAACAUUCUGAGAUCAGUAAAGAGAUAAGAGUGUCAAUGGGUCAGACUUAAUAAUUUAAAACAUUGUCGACUACAACUAAUUUAUUAGAUAAAUUAAUAAAUUUUUAUAAAAAGUAGAAAGAAACACAUUGGAUAGAACUAUUGGGUUCACGAAACUGACAGAAGUCAACAUAUAAAGAAGAUUGGGAAAUUUGUUGUGCUAUUAACAAAUAAAUUUGAUAUCUACGUUUAAAAAAUAGCACCUAAAUGGAUAUAAAGAAAUCUGCUGAAUCAACAAAGGAAACAUGUUCCUUGCCAAACAAGCCACUGGAAUGUAUACGCAAAUUUCCAUUAAUACAGCAGUUUCCUAGUACGAUCAAGGAAUUCAAUUCUGAGCCAUGGUCAAAAUUGAAUAUCAAGUAUCUUUCUACUAUUGCUACAGGUGGUGUAAAAGAUGGCAAAAACAAAUCUAACUUGAGCUACUCAAAUAUUCCAUGUAAAAAAUUAAGAAUUGUAUCUCCCAAUGGUAAAGACUUGGGAGAGUUCAAUGUGGAAAUGCGAGGUGAAACUUCAUCAAAAGGUCAAAUAUAUACUAUCACUAAGUCUAAUAUGUUAAAGUCUGAUUUAAAACCAGUAAUACUCACUCUAAAUCCAUUGGCAAAAAAAACAGUACCACGUAUACUUAGGCAACCACCUAUGAAUCUAAUAAAAAAUAAAAUAGCAAAAAUAAUGUCUGCUGAUAAAAGUUAUUUCAUAAAGAAUGAUAAAUUAAAUGUAUCUCCAAUGGAACACAUAACGCUCAACGGUAAUAGUCAAACCAUGAAUAUCAGUGAAGAAAUACAAAGUUGUGAUGAAAUGAAAGAUAGUGGUAAUAAUAUAUUAAUUCCUGGAAAUGAGACAGAUCAGAAAUCAUCUUUAGAUUGCACUGCUGAUGAUAAUAGUCAGAAGCAUUCAGAGAUAAAUCACACACUUGCUAUGUUGGCAAAAAGUUUUGAAGAUACAACAAAUAAUAUAAAUACUUUAUUGAAAGCUGAUAAAAUCAGAACGUCAACUACUCUGCUGAAAAACAAUGAAGUCUCUUCAACUAAAAAAGAUAUAAUUUAUAAGGAAAUCGCCGAAUCACCAUUCCCUAAAGUGACUUGUGAGAGGAUUGUAGUUCUUAAUGAUAACAUACCAACAAAUAGUGAAGUACCUAAGAGAAAAAAUGUCUCUACUACAAAAAUUACAAAAAAAAAAACAGGUAGAUCUCCAAGUAAAGUAUUAAAUUCUAUAGGAACCUAUAAACAAAAAGUUAUAUAUCCAAAUAAAAAAGGCAAUACUAAAACAAACAGCAAGAACAAUUCUAAAAAUCACAAAAAGCAAAUAGUAUCUUUACGAAAAAGAAAUAAUAUGCCCCAAAAUAAUUCUAAAGUAAUCCACAAAACAAAAAAAAUACAUAAAACAAGAACACAAAAGAUGACAAUUGACACAAGAACACAAAAGAAGAACAUUAUGACAAUUGUACCAAGUCACAAUAAUUUUUCACUUAACAAGAAUGCAGUUUCUACAUUGGAACACAGUAAAUAUCAUACAACUUUGAAGAAAGUACUUGACCAUAAAAACUCAUUACUAGGUAAUGAUGUACAAUUUGAAAAUUCAGAAUCCAGAGACAUCAUUGACAUGUUUGGUGUAGACAUUCAAUCAAAUAAACGAAACAAAGAUUGUUCUAAGGACAACUCAUCCCAAAAAGAUAUAUCAGAACAGUGGGAUGUUAUCAAGAAGGCAGUAAAUAGCGUAAAGGAUGAGGAACUGCGUGCACAGGCAUUAAAGGCAUUAGCAGACUGUGGUAUUGGUGUUGAGAGACUUGUACCGAAACGUCCACCAGAGAAUUUAAAAGCUGUGCAUGACACACAAGUGCAGACUACAGUAUUCGGAUUACUCGAUCCAAAAUUUUUCUUGUUAAUGAACAAAGACGUAGAAAGUAUUCAAAAAAUACAACAGAUAACUCUUCACGAUUCACUUCACACACAAGACUUAUCAUCACAAAAUAAUUUAAUUUCUGACAUUAUCCAGCAACCUGCUAUGUCCAAGAAUUGUGACGUGAUUGAAAAAGAGAGCGACUUCGACAUAGAUAGUUUCAUAAAUCAGAUCUGUGAUGAAAAUUUAGGCGCUCUCCAAGUGAAAGAAACCUUAUCAAUGACAAAUACGAAGUAUCAAAAAAUUAUAGACCAACUACAAAAAGACUUCGAACUUAUUAAAAAGUACGAUGAAAACGGCAUGUUAAGCAUACAUAACGCAAUUGUAAAAAAUAACAUCUUCGACGUUCAAAGAUACUUAAUGGUGCUCAAGCAGUCCAAAGAAAGCGUCGAUAUAAUGACCAUGGAUGGAACGACAAGUUUGGAGUUGGCGAUAAAAUAUGAUGUACGCGGCGAUAUCGUGAAGCUUUUACUACAGUCGGGAGCGCAACCAGUGAGAAUGCAGCCUUUGCAUGAAUCAGCACUGAUUAUAGCCGCUAAACAAUCGUCAACGUUACUGCCGAUGCUUGUUAAUUACGUCUCGGAUCCGAAGCUUCUAGAUCAAGUUGAUUCAGAAGGAUUCACGCCAUUGCAUUAUUGCUGCAAACACGGCAAUGUAGAAGGAGUCAAUGCACUGUUAUCAGCUGGUGUAAAUGUCAAUCUGAAAGAUAUGAAAUCAGGACGAACGUCACUGUUUCAUGCUCUGGAAAGUGAUAAUAUAGAUAAUCGAACGAAAGUGGUGCAAAGACUUUUACAAGCUGAAGCUACUACAAGCAUUAUGAAUUUCGCGGGGCAACCGCCACUGCCUCUGCCAAGCGAUGAAAAGAGAUCGACUUUUAUGAUGUCAUUGAGAAAAUCGACGAAAAUGUCUUUGCCUUCGCGAUAUUUGCUUUGAAGUGAGUUUAAAAUAUUUAUUAAUGCAUUUAAUACAAAAAAUUGCCACUUUCUAAAAUGAUUGCAGCACUACCAUCUAGUAAUUUAAGUCACCUUUUGUCACUUUUUGUUAAGUCACUAUAAAAACACUAUCGUUUAAAGUGAGUCAUUAUAGUCAUCUUUUCUUUCUGCUGUUAAAACAUAGGUGUUCUAUUUUGCCGUCUGCUGCUGAAAAAAAAUUUGUUUUAAUUUAACAAUUAUUUUAUUUUUUACAAAUCGAUCAAUUUUGUUUAGAGUUCUGGUAGAGUUCUGGUCUCUCGAAGAGUUCUAUCAAUCAUUCUUAUGAUUUGAAUCAGUAUAAGCAAAAACAAAAAAAUUCGGACUCAUCUUAGCGAGGGGUUGCGUGAAAUUGGCUCCACAUUGUUCAAAUAGCAUUUUGAUUGCUUAAAUGCCAGAAUUGUUUCUAAAACCGAUUGAGAACUGUAGAACUAUCUUCAGAGGGCAAAUAAAACUUUAAUCGUUUUUCUCUAAUUCUGAAAAGGGGCUAAAAAAAAUAUACACACACACACACACACACAUAUAUAUAUAUAUAUAUUCUAUAUAGUCACACAUAUAUACAUAUUAUUAUAUAAUUAUAUAUGUCCACACAGAAAAAAAUUAUGUUAAAUGAAAGAGAAAAAAUGGUUUCAUUUAAUUAAACAUCGACAUUAUGUUCUGUCAGAAGCAUAAGCAUUUACUUCAAUUGUAUUUGUAUAACAGUAUUUUUUUCAUUGUGAACAUAUGUAUUAUGUACGAUUAUAUGUAUAUAGUCAUAUCAGUAAGGUGACGCUCGAUUUUUCACCCUUUGUCCUGAAUUUUUUCAAAUAUUAUUCGGGACACCGACUUGCCAUCAUUUUCAAUGAUCGUCAAAUAAUUUUCGGAUUUUGUAACCCCCCGUCCCCCGCUUCACACAUUUAUGAAGUGUCCCCAAUUCAGAGCUGAAAAAUCUGAUCACCUUACAUAUAGGGACAAAAGGAGGAUAUGUAAAAGUGACCAAUUUCUUAUUUCUACAAAAGUCAUCAUAAACACUAACUCAUGAGUGAUAACUUUAUUCACUCUUCAGAUUAAUUAUGUAUGAUAUCCUUUUCAACAUCAUUCUGAAAAAUUAUUAAUCAAUUUGCACAAUUACAACUGAUAGCCUAAUUAUAUUAUCUUUUACAACUUUGAUAUAAGUACAGUGUCGUAAGAGACGCCCAAUUUUCGAUUUGGUUGUUUCUCUUAACUUUAAUACUAACUUAACUUUAAUACUAAAUAAAGAAAUAUUUGUUUCUAAUGAUUGAAGAAAAAAAGAAUGAAAUAGAAUAACUGACAAUUCCAGUAAAAAAACAAAAUUUAAAGAAAAAUGGAUUACUCUUACACACUAUAUAAACGAGCAUAGCCAUAAGAAUGUUUUGUGCAUAUGAAUGCGGCAGUAACCCAUACAGGUAAUGUUAAUUUUAAUAUAGAUUAAGUGAUAUAAUUUGUAAUAUAUAAUAUAAGAGUUUGUAUGUCGCUGAUAAUGAUAAUGAUGGCGAUAAUGUUUUUGAUAAUGAUGAUUUUACAUUGAAGACUUAUAUAGAAGACUUACAUAGCAAUAUUAAAUUUUAUUACUAUAUAUAAAAAAUUAUGAUUAUUAUAAUUUUGUUAUUGUUAGUAUAUUGUAUGUGUAUAUAAAAAAUAUUUUAACAAAAAUUUCCUAAUGAAAUUGUAGAUUUAAAAAUAGAUACACUCUUAUAAUGGGAAUUUAAUAUAUUUAUUUUAUAUAUAUUUUAUUUAUUUUUAUUAUAUUGCUAUCUACAAUGUACUAUCUAGAAGGAUAAAAGUUCAUAUUUCUAUUUAUAUAUAUUUUAAAUAUGAAAGAUAUAAGUAUACAAAUAAUCUCGCCUUUGUAAUAUUAACACAAAUAUAUUUUGUCAUUUUUCAAUUAUAAUUUAACUAUGAAAUGUUCCAUUCUUAUUUGUUUUUCUCUUCAUUUAUUGAUCUUUCUGAAAUAUUAUUAGUGAAUUAUUAUUCUGAA